AUGGGCACAUCUUUUCUUUUUAAAGACCUCCUUGUUGGCUAUUUAAUGCCAGAAAAAUGCUUUGAAGAGUUUUUUGUUCACUUUCACUUCCACGUGCCGUGUCUGAAGUUUGUACUGAACAGAGCUGCUGGGUUCUGGAUCCUGCUGGACACAUUUCUGGCCCAGCCGUCUCAGCUGCUGAAAAUCUUCUGGAGAGGAAGUUCAGAGGGUCUGAGUCUGACCUCCGUCCUGCUGCAGCUUUACGCCCUCUCAUGUCCUGUCAUCUACGCCAUCGCCAACAACUUCCCAUUUUUCUCCUGGGCUGAGAGGCUCUUGGUGGUGGCUCAGACAGCAGCCAUCGUCUUCCUCAUUCUGCUUCACCGCGGCCAUGCCGUCAAAGGACUGCUGCUCCUCCUUGGUUUCGGGGGUGUGAUGCUCCUCCUGGGUUUAUAUGCAGCUGCAGCAGUCGUCUCACUGAUGCACGCCUCCAUCACUGCAGCUUUCAUUGCAAGCAAGCUUGUACAGGCUGUAACAAACUACCGUAAUGGACACGCGGGUCAACUGUCCACCCUGUCCUUGUUCCUGAAUUGGACAGGCUCUCUAAGCGUUGCUCUUGUUAGUCUACAGGGUCACAGAGGAUCUCUUGUCAGUCUGUCCCACAUACUGUCCUCAUGUCUCAGCUUUGUCCUGCUGUCUCAGGCCCUCUGCUGCACCUGCAGCUCUGCCACAGCCGCAAAGAAGACGGAUUAA